UUUAGUGAAAACAAAUAUACCAACAAUGUAUUCGAUGAGCAACAAAUGGGCAAUUUUUGUUGUCAUUGUUACCAUAUUACUGGUUCAACUUCAAGAAUCAGAUUCGUCUGCUUUGAAUAAUGAAGUAAAGAGACUUUCUAGAAAUGAAAGGUCUUUACUAAAUCUAACCGUAGGUCUUAACGAUGAAGUUCCCAAUAUCCCUUCCAACGAGGUAGCAGGUAGAGCACUUAAUUCAUUAAUCACAACUUUGCUAAAUCUGGAAGAUGAAGUACAAAAUGCUAUUGAUAGUGCAGGGUCAGAUAGAGUAGCAUUUGGAUCGGCAGUAGAGGAUCCAUUAGCUUUAAGCGAUGAAGUACAGAAUGAAGCGGGUGCAAAUGAUCUCGCACGCAACUGAAAGCUUAAUAAGGUUUGGCAAUGAAGAACGAAAUACAACCGAUAAUAAUCAAUCCUACCUGUUCUUGUUAUUAAUUGUUUUGCAUAAAUUGUUGUUAGCUAAUGAAAUAAAUGAAAAUUAUUUCUGAUAAAUGGAACUAUAAUCUAAUAAUGUCUAUAAAACCAUUUUGUUUUAAUCUUUAAUUGUAAUAAAUAAAUUAAUAUUUUA